CGUAAAAACGAACAGCAGCUCUGCUGUCAAUUCCUAGAUCACCCUGGAUUCAACAAGAGCGCUGUGUCCCCGCUAUCAGCGCGCAGACUGAACCACUGACUGACACCUGCGACCUCAGUAACAUGGAGCACGGAGACUUCAACUUUCUGCUUGCCACAGAUUCGUACAAGGUCACACAUUAUAAGCAGUACCCACCCAACACCACCAAGGUCUACUCCUACUUCGAGUGUCGUGAGAAGAAGACCGAAUCCAGUAAAAGCUGGAAAGUGAAGUAUGACACAACUGUGUUUUAUGGACUCCAGUAUAUACUUCACAAGUAUCUGAAAGGGAAGGUGGUGACUCUAGCAAAGAUCCAAGAAGCAAAGGAAGUUUACCGGGAACACUUUCAAGACGAUGUGUUCAAUGAAAAGGGCUGGAAGUACAUACUAGAGAAGUAUGAUGGUCAUCUGCCUAUUGAGAUCAAGGCGGUCCCAGAGGGCAGUGUCAUUCCCAGGGGUAAUGUCCUCUUCACUGUGGAAAGCACAGACCCAGAGUGCUACUGGCUCACCAACUGGGUGGAGACUAUUCUAGUGCAGGUCUGGUACCCCAUCACGGUAGCCACUAACUCCAGAGAACAGAAGAAGAUCCUAGCCAGAUAUCUACUGGAGACAUCAGGGAACCUGGACAAACUGGAGUACAAGCUGCAUGACUUCGGCUACCGGGGAGUCUCCUCUCAAGAAACUGCUGGCAUUGGAGCAUCUGCUCACCUGGUAAACUUCAAAGGCACGGACACAGUGGCUGGUAUUGGUGUCAUUAAGAAGUACUAUGGAACAAAAGACCCUGUGCCUGGCUACUCAGUGCCCGCUGCAGAGCACAGUACCAUCACGGCGUGGGGUAAGGAUCAUGAGAGAGAUGCCUUUGAGCACAUCGUGAGGCAGUUCCCCAAAGUGCCGGUGUCCAUCGUCAGCGACAGCUACGACAUCUUCAACGCCUGCGAGAAGAUCUGGGGUGAGGACCUCAGGAGCCUCAUCGAGCUGCGCAGUGCAGACGCACCCCUGAUCAUCAGGCCGGACUCAGGGGACCCCUUAGAUACAGUUCUGAAGGUUCUGGAGAUCUUGGGUAAGAAGUUCACCACCACAGAGAACUGUAAAGGGUACAAGGUCCUGCCACCAUACCUCAGAGUAAUUCAGGGAGAUGGGGUGGAUAUCAACACUCUCCAAAACAUUGUGGAGGGGAUGAAGAAACACAGAUGGAGUGUGGAGAACGUUAGCUUUGGUUCAGGCGGUGCCCUGCUCCAGAAACUCACACGGGACCUUCUCAGUUGCUGCUUCAAGUGCAGCUUUGUGGUGACCAAUGGAUUGGGGCUGAAUGUGUUCAAGGACCCAGUGGCCGACCCCAAUAAAAGGUCAAAGAAAGGUCGUCUGUCACUACACAGGACAUCAACUGGAGACUUUCAGACACUAGAAGAGGGGAAGGGAGACCUGGAGAAGUAUGGUCCGGACCUGCUUCGGACAGUUUUCAGAAACGGUUUGAUAACGAAGACUUAUACCUUCGAUGAAGUCCGCGACAAUGCCAAGAUCAGGAACUGUGAUGUGGAAGAGUUUGUAAACUGAGGUUAAUACAGUAUUGAAUACAAUAUGCAGAAAUGACUGGAUCCCAUCUACCUCCAUUCAAAGCUCUAAUCGCUAAGGAUGAGAGCCAACUACAGGUUGAAUAGAGAGAAAGAGCGCGGGGGGGGGGGGGGGUUAGAAGCUCUUCGUUACUGUAACUGGUGUGUUUGUAACAGUUUUUGUCUUCUAAGGUUUUGGAAGAUAUUCAUGGUAUUAUUUUAAUUGUUCCAAACAGUGUAAAUGAUCUAUGAGGUCAGAACUUUAAUUGAGGUUUAUAACUUUAAAUGACUUGAUAAAUACUUUAUAUUGAAAUAGAUAUAGGGACUGAGAACCAUUUGACAGAACAACGCAGAGAUCAACAAUUCUGUGUAGGAAGUUGUAUGUGAGUUUAUAUGCUUCUCUGUUUCAAAAAUAAAUAGGACACAAUUUAUUAAACUUCAGUAGUUUUAUUGUAACAUGGCUUUUUCUUUCUUAUCCAUUACAAUUUAUAAAUUGUAUCCGGUUGAAGCUGAAGAAAGCCAGG